CGCAGUCAGUAGUCAGUUGCCCGGAGACUCGCGUACGCGACGAACUUAACAGCAACACAUCCCGAUUAGUGAUACACGCACGUGACAUGAAACACGAAAGCCAAUUGUUUUAAGUGUGGUGCACAUGUUUCACACGUCGGUGGCUACUAUUAUCCAAUAAUCGAAAUGAGGCUAAAAAGCUUAAGGGCCGUCCGCAGUUUUUUGUUGCUGUUGGCUGCGAUAACGAGCGCAAGUGCAUCGAAAUGUAACCGGCACAUAGACGGCACCACUAUGCCGCGGUCGAACGCCGAUGGGAAAUACCAUCUCUUCAUCACCCUGUUCAACCGAACGGAAAUGGUAUUCUCGUACAUGCCCAAUACCAGAUACUCCGUAACGGUGCAAGCUGAGAGUCUGGGAAUGAGCCCCAGAAAGUUCACCAGGUUCCUGAUAUCCAGCGAGUCCGAGAGCGACGACGAUGGCGCCGAGAGCGGCGUGUUCGACCUCCAGGACGAGUCACUGUCGAGGUAUUUGGAAGUUUGCCCAAACGCGGUCGUGGAAACGUCCAAGGUGCCGAAAGAGGAGAUAUCCGUGGCCUGGACCAGUCCUUCCGAAGGUAGCGGUUGCAUAUUUAUCAGGGCAACGAUAUUGGAAACGCCGGAUACGUGGUACAUGGAUGAUCCGAACUUAGUUCUGAAGAUCUGUCAGGACUUGAAAGCGGAGGCGGAUGAUCAGGGCCCGGUGCUGCAGGAAUGCAACGCCUGCGACGAGGCCAAGUACGAAGUUACUUUCGAGGGACUUUGGUCGAGAAAUACCCACCCGAAGGACUUUCCCAGCAAAGGAUGGCUCAUUAGAUUCUCAGACGUGAUUGGAGCAUCGCACACAGUCGAUUAUAGCUUUUGGAGAUACAAUGGCAUGGCCAGCGUCGGUUUGCAACAGGUGGCAAAACUUGGGUCAACCAGAAAACUGGAAUCUGAGCUGAAGGAUCAAAGCGAGCACAUCAGAACGAUAAUUAAGGCCAGAGGAAUAAGUUACCCUAAUGUGACUGGCAAAACUUUCGCUGUCUUCCGCGUCGACCAAAAACACCAUCUUAUGUCCUUGGUGUCCAUGCUGGACCCUUCGCCGGAUUGGAUUGUCGGAGUUUCCGGUCUGGAGCUCUGUCUCAGUAAUGGCACCUGGAUCGAGCAUAAGGAGCUGAAUCUUUAUCCUUAUGACGCUGGCAUCGACGACGGAAUCACGUAUUUGUCUCCCGAGUCGCCAUCGGAUCCUCAGGGAACAAUUCAACGCAUAAAUUCGACGUACCCGAACGACUCGAGAUCGCCGUUCUACGAUCCAUUCGGCCUGGACAUGAAACCGCUCGCCAGACUUUAUUUGAACCGGCAGAGACUCUACGAGAAGACCUGCGACGUCACGCCCGACGAAUCUGCUGAUACAGGUGUUACUACCCCCCAACCUGGCCGUAAUCGCACAAAUAAAGCCUGUAGAGUGACAGGAUGGGGUCCUUGGGGCGCAUGUUCUGUGACCUGCGGUCGAGGCAGUCAGCUUAGGCAGAGGAAUUUCAAGGAUGAAGCCGCUGCCGCACAAAACAAGUGUAAUGACAGAGUCAAGUUGACUGACAGAUCAAACUGUUAUGGGAAGAGCCCCCAUUGCAAGGCGGGUCGAUUCGCGCCACUGUUGGACACCGAGAAGUGCGCCCUGAGCGAAUGGGGCGAAUGGAGUUUUUGCACGGCGACUUGCGGCACUGGUGCCAAGACGCGAGGGAGAAACUUCCGGGAGAAAAAGCACCGGAAAGAGUGCAUAUUCAUACCGGACGGGCCGGAACUCCAACAAACGAUCAAAUGCGAGAACGCGCCGUGCUCGGACGCGGACGGCGACGAGGUAAGAAAACCGUCUAACAGCCAGAAGGAGGACGGUAACGACGAUCAGGACAAUGAUACCGGUGAUCAGGAGAAUGAUAACGGUGAUCAGGAGAAUGAUAGCGGGGAUCAGGAGAGUAGUGACGGAGUGGAUUACGAGAAGGAGGAACCAGCGGCGGAGAAGUGUCCCGACGAUCGGUACACGCAGUGGUCCCUAUGGUCCCCCUGUAGUUCCAGUUGUGGGCCCGGCGUGAAAUUGCGAUCCAGGCUCGUCAACAGAAAUUGGAGCAACUUAGGGGACAACGACGAAGACCUCAGCCUCGAGGAGUGUAAACAGCAGCAGGCUGCCUGCGUGGCCAACAUUCCAUCGUGCGAUUUCACGAAAGAAGAAGCCGAACACAUUUGCAGCGAGCCGAUGAAGAAAGGCACCUGCAGCGGCAACAUUUUGCGAGCGUAUUUCGACAAACAGGAGGGCCGUUGCCGAUUAUUCAGUUAUUCCGGCUGCGACGGAAAUCGAAAUAAUUUCCAGACCGACCAGGACUGCAUAAACGUGUGCAGCGAUUUCCAAAGAGAGCUGAGAACAAACUCGUCGACAACGGUGAAAAACAUUAAGGUGUCUCUCAGCAGCGUUCUCAGCUAUCAUAUCCCUGCGCAGGAUCAACGCAGCGCGAAGACGAAACGAGCUCACCAUGAAAGCUUACAAUUCAAAGGCAUGAAACCCGACAGCCAAGUGAUCGAAUCGUCAGCAAACAAGGAAGAUGUCGAUUGCCAAGUGACCGAAUGGAGUAAUUGGUCUAAAUGCGUAGGAUGUCGAGGAUACACAACCAGCACCAGAGAAGUUAUGAUACCACGUAAAGGAAAUGGCAUGAAUUGUCCGAAGAAGUUCUACCGUAAGAAGAAAUGCCACAAAAUUCCACCGUGCUCGCUGCAAGGCGACGGCGUAGGUCGACGUACUUAUCGAAAUUCAGCAGCGGAGGAAAAUGAAGUUUCAGUUGAUUGCAAAAUGACACAAUGGUCCGUUUGGUCACAUUGUACGGCCACCUGCGGAGAAUCAUCGCAAUACAGAACGAGAUCAGUGAGAAUUAAGCCCCGUGGUCCCAGAGGCAAACUGUGUCCAGCCCUGGCAGAGUACAAAAAAUGUCAUAGAAUGGAAUGUCCAUAACAACAAUUAUCUGUCUAUUUUACACGUCCAUUUUCUAUUUCAUUUGUACCAUGUAAAUCGAACGAAACUUAGAUUGUAUUUAAAGCAUACCAACCACUGAUGGAUCAAAUGCGACUUAUCAUUUAUCAUCGAAUGAAACUUUAAUUUUUAUUGACGUAGAAUUAUUUGAAGUAGAAAGGUUUGUAGAAUUUUUUGCGCCCUUCUUACGGGACACAAUAAUUUUCUACGUGACAAUCAGUAGAGAAUUUUUUAAAAAUUGAUACACAGUGUUUUUAAUAUGUACAUGUACGACACUUGACAAUUUGAACAUCUAACAUUAGUGAGAUACUGAUUUAUCGCUAGAUAAUUAGACAAAUAAGAUGCUCCUUUUAUUUAUAGUAUAGUCGUUAAUAAAAAAAAAAUACCUAUAACGAUAGUUUAAACCAAUUAAUAUAACGCACAGAAAAAUCAUGUCACAUUUCAUACAAUGAUUCCUGAUUUUAACUGACGCGACCAUUGAUAACUUCAUUGUUUUCCUUCUCUAAUCAAAAUGGACUGCAUUCCAAUUAAUUACAACAGAAUAAAAAGAAAUUUACUAUGUAUGACAGAAAUGUAAUUUAUCCAGAUUCCUAGAAAGAAUGUUUCUAAAAAUAUUAGAUUUGAUGUUCGAUUAUGUAGAUUAUAAUUCUACUUUUCUUUUUAUAAUUUUAAGCAAGAUAUAAAUAUAUAUACAUAUAUACAAAAGUAACAAUAUAUAUUUCAUGUGAAGAAAUACAUGUUAAGUACUUAGAAA